AUGUCUUCAACCAUUACUAACAAGGAUAUUGCCUUAUCCAUCAUUGAUUUUUUGAAACAAUCUGUUGCUAAAAAAGAAGUAGCUGAAGAUUAUGCCGAAUCAAUGGAUGUUGCCAUUGAUUGUAUUGCUGAUGCCUUUGAGGUCAAUAAAGAUGAUGAUUCCAAAAUCUUAAAGGAUGUUUUUAACGGAAAAUCAUUGCCAGAAUUGCUCAAGUCCACGGUUUCAUCCAACUCAACAUCUGAAAAAUCAGAAUCUGUUCCAGCGGUAAAAGAGAUUGACGCCGAUACCAAGGCCAAAGCUGAUGAAUUAAAAGUACAAGGUAAUAGAGCUAUGGCAUUAAAGGAUUAUACUGAAGCUAUUGCCAAAUAUACUGAAGCCAUUAGUUUGGAUCCUACCAAUGUUGUUUACCUUUCCAACAGAGCUGCUGCCCAUUCUUCUUCCCAAAAACACGACAAAGCAGUAGAAGAUGCCGAAAAGGCCAUUAAAUUGAAUCCAAACUUUUCCAAGGCUUACUCUAGAUUGGGUUUAGCCAAAUAUGCCUUAGGAGAUGCCAAGGCUGCCAUGGAAGCAUACAAGAAAGGAUUAGAAGUCGAAGGAGAAACCAAAUCUGAUGCUAUGAGAAAAGGAUACGAAACUGCCAAGAAGAGAGUUGAAGAGGAAUUGGAAAAUUCUAUUUCCACUACCGAUAAAUCAGGUGAAAGCUCUGGCUCUAGAGGAUCGGGUGCAGAUGCAGGUGCAGGUGCAGAUGCAGGUGCAGGUGGUUUACCUGACAUGAGCAGCUUCUUGGGUGGUGGUGGUGGUAUGCCAAAUCUUGCUGAGAUGAUGAACAACCCACAAAUUAUGCAAGCUGCUCAAGAAAUGAUGUCCAAUCCUGCUGCUAUGCAAAAUUUGUUCAACAACCCAGCUGUAAAACAAAUGGCACAGCAAAUGGGGUUAGGUGGCGAAAAUGGCCCAGAUUUGUCUAAUAUAAUGAAUAACCCAAUGUUCAAUCAGUUUAUGGGUGGAAAAGGAAGCCAAGGUGACAAGUCUGAAUGA